AUUCUAGCUCACACCGCAAACAUGUUACUUUUCAAACCUCGGUAUUCAAUGGGAGGAAUCCGAUACUUGGGCAUGACUGCUGGAGGUGGUUAUGCUGCAACCCUUGAAAUCGCCCGAGAGGACGUCAAUAAGAUUCUUGAGUCUCAAGAUAGGUCCUCCUAUUUACUUGCUCAGUAUAUGCCCGAACCUACGAGAGAUGCAUUUUUGGCUAUUCGUGCCUUCAAUUUGGAAAUCAAUAAGAUUGCCCCCAAGCAAUCCUCCGGCCCCAGCCCUCUAGGGGUGUCGGCGGUGGACCUCAAGUUCAAGUUCUGGAGUGAUUUGCUCACACGAAUCUUCACCAAUCCCGACUCAGAUACCAACAUUGGGGAGCCCAUAGCAUUUUUAUUGCGAGAUGCCCUCCGCAACAACCUUAACCUCGAGCUCUCAUGCCUCCACCAGUUCCUCCAGAGUCGGCGGCACUUCUUGAACUCUAGUGGGUUUAAUUCCACUGACGAUAUAUGUGCGUACGGGGAAGGAACUUACUCACAGCUUAAUUAUUUGACACAGGGACUUUUACUUUCGCCGGGCAUUUCACCUCUGGCAAUUCUGCUCCUCGAGCACCUGCGCCGUCUCCAAGGCUUAGUGAGUGAUGUGGCGGCACAUAUAGGCCAGGCUACUGCUGUUGCAUCGAUGGUAUUGGGAUCCAAGUACUAUGCGUCCAAGAACUCUGUGACGGUACCGGUUGACGUGAUGACCCGUCAUGACGUGAGCCAAGAACAGUUUCUCCGGUUGGCGCAAGGCCAUGAUCAGGAUAUGGCAGCUACUCGGCAACUGCUCCAAAACUGUUUUUACGAUGUCGCAGUGGUUGCAAAUGACCAUAUUCUUACUGCCCGUCAGAAGCUCCAAGAGAUCCGUGAAGAAACCGCAAAGGUGGUGAAGCUGAACCCUAACGAUAAGCUUCUCCAGAAAAAUCAUCGAAAAUGGAGACAUGGUAUACCUGAUGUAAUCUUCUUACCGUUCAUGGUGUCGAUUCCCACCACUCUUUAUUUGCGUCGGUUGGAGAAAAAUGAUUUUGAUAUAUUUGCACCGGCUAUGGACGCAAAGGAGUGGAGGUUGGCGUGGACUAGCUUCCGUGGGUACUACCAGCGGCGUAUUUAAUGUGAACUAGCCUAUAUUUAUUACAUGUACAUACACCUACACCGC